UCUGACGGGGGUCUGUAUAUUUGCAUGAACACGUUCCUCGGCUUUGGGAAGCAAUACGUGGAGAAACACUAUCAGAAGACAGGCCAGCGAGUAUAUCUGCACCUCAAGAGAACGCGCAAACUGAAAGAAGAAGAUGCCAACUCUACUGCUGGUGACCCUCCAAGGAAAAAGCCCACCCGUCUGGCUAUUGGUGUUGAAGGUGGCUUUGACAUCCCAGAGGAGAAGUUUGAAUAUGAUGAAGAUGUAAAAAUAGUAAUUUUCCCAGAGCACCUGGAUAUCCCCCGAGAUGGCCUAGAAGGACUACCUGAUAUGGUCAGAGACAGGAUCGCAAGUGCUGUUGAAGCUAUCCUGACAGCAGAUUCCGCCUCACGGAAGCAGGAGGUGCAGGCUUGGGAUGGGGAGGUCCGUCGCAUCUCUAAACAUGCUUUCUCCUUGCACCAGCUACAGAAUGACAUCCGCAUUCCUCCAUGUGGCUGGAAGUGCAGCAAGUGCGACAUGCGUGAGAACUUGUGGCUUAACAUGACUGAUGGAGCCAUCCUUUGUGGCCGGCGAUACUUUGAUGGCAGUGGUGGCAACAAUCAUGCAGUCGAGCAUUAUCGAGAGACUGGCUACCCACUGGCUGUGAAACUGGGAACCAUCACCCCUGAUGGUGCUGAUGUCUACUCCUAUGAUGAGGAUGACAUGGUGCUGGAUCCCAACCUGGCAGAGCACCUGGCUCACUUUGGGAUUGACAUGCUCAAGAUGCAGAAGACAGACAAGACAAUGACAGAACUGGAAAUUGACAUGAACCAGCGCAUUGGGGAGUGGGAGCUGAUCCAGGAGUCUGGAGUGCAGCUCAAACCUCUCUAUGGCCCUGGUUACACUGGCAUCCGCAACCUGGGCAACAGUUGCUACCUCAAUUCCGUGAUGCAGGUGCUGUUCAGUAUCUCUGACUUCCAGAGAAAGUAUGUGGACAAGCUGGAGAAGAUAUUCCAAAAUGCACCAGCAGAUCCCACGCAGGACUUCAGCACCCAAGUAGCCAAACUGGGACAUGGACUGCUUUCAGGAGAGUAUUCAAAACCAGCCUCUGCAGAUGGGGAACAACCAGACCAGAAGGGUGUGCAGAAUGGCAUAGCUCCGCGUAUGUUUAAGUCUCUUGUUGGCAAAGGGCACCCAGAAUUUUCCACUAAUCGUCAGCAAGAUGCCCAGGAAUUCUUCUUGCACUUCAUUAAUAUGGUGGAGAGGAACUGCCGCAGCUCGGAGAACCCCAACGAGGUCUUCCGUUUCCUAGUGGAGGAGAAGCUCAAGUGCCUUGCCACAGAGAAGGUGAAAUACACUCAACGUGUAGACUACAUUAUGCAGCUGCCUGUGCCUAUGGAUGCUGCACUCAACAAAGAUGAGUUACUAGAAUAUGAAGAGAAGAAGCGCCAGGCAGAGGAAGAGAAGCAGCCAUUGCCUGAGCUGGUCCGAGCCAAGGUGCCUUUCAGCUCCUGCUUAGAGGCCUAUGGGGCUCCGGAGCAGGUGGAUGACUUCUGGAGCACAGCUUUGCAGGCCAAGUCUGUGGCUCUCAAGACAACACGGUUUGCCUCCUUCCCAGACUACCUGGUGAUCCAAAUCAAGAAAUUCACUUUUGGCCUGGAUUGGGUGCCCAAAAAGCUUGAUGUCUCCAUUGAAAUGCCAGAGGAGCUGGACAUCUCUGCACUGCAGGGGACGGGUCUACAGGACGGUGAAGAGGAGAUGCCGGAUAUAGCACCCCCACUGGUGACACCAGAUGAGCCCAAAGGUAGCCUGGGGUUCUAUGGCAACGAGGACGACGACUCCUUCUGCUCCCCUCACUUCUCCUCUCCGACAUCCCCCAUGUUGGAUGAGUCAGUAAUUAUCCAGCUAGUAGAGAUGGGCUUUCCCAUGGAUGCCUGCCGCAAAGCCGUUUACUACACAGGGAACAGUGGGGUUGAAGCUGCCAUGAACUGGGUCAUGUCACACAUGGAUGAUCCAGAUUUUGCCAACCCUCUGGUUCUUCCUGGAUCCAGUGGACCAGGCUCCACCAUCAUCUGUCCAGACCCCCCUUCAGAAGACAGCGUGGCCACCAUUGUCUCCAUGGGCUUCUCCCGGGACCAGGCUAUGAAAGCACUUAGAGCCACGAAUAACAGUCUGGAGCGUGCUGUGGACUGGAUCUUCAGUCACAUUGAUGACCUGGAUGCAGAGGCUGCCAUGGAUAUCUCAGAAGGGCGUUCAGCAGCUGAGUCAAUCUCCGAAUCGGUUCCUGUGGGCCCCAAAGUGCGUGAUGGACCUGGAAAGUAUCAGCUAUUUGCCUUCGUCAGCCACAUGGGCACUUCCACCAUGUGUGGCCACUAUGUCUGUCACAUAAAGAAAGAUGGCAGGUGGGUGAUUUUCAAUGACCAGAAAGUGUGCGCCUCUGAGAAACCCCCCAAGGAUCUUGGGUACAUCUACUUCUACCAGAGGAUCCCCAGCUAGGACACACUCCUGCAGCGUGGGGAGGGGGAGCAAACUGACAGCACGAGCAGGGGGAGAUGGUCAGGAUAAGUACAGAGAAUCAGGGCACAUUCAUCCUCUCCCCCUCCACCUCUGUGUCUCCAUUUAUGCCACUGCUGCAAAACUGGGGCCUGGAUUCCAUGACCUAAUAAAUGGGGGUAGGGGGGAGCUGGGGCCCCUAUGGACAUAAGUGGACAGGGGUGUGGGAAUGGAUUUAAAUUUCUAUAUAGAGUGUCUCUUCAUUGCCCCUCCACCACCUCAAGACACACGUAGCCCCUAGUGCUUUGCUGCUUGGUGUAAUGAUGCCACCCCCUUUGUCUGGAAGGGGAGGGGGGCUUGUGUGUAUGUGUGGCUUUGUGUAUCCUGGGUGGACUUCUUUUUCUCUCUCCACCUUCCUAGAAGAGGAAGCUGUGCAGGAAAUAAGGUGGGCCAUAAGUAGCAUUCUUCUUGUGUGCCCUUAAAUGCCAAAAUACACAAAGGAUAAAAUAAAGGUCUAAGUACCCCCUUGCUUUA